GCCAUCUUGCCGGGCUGCGCGCGCAGCAGGGACCGACCAGAAGGCCCCGCCCCGCCCCGAAGCCAACGGCCCUCCUCUCCGGGUCCCUCGGCUGGAAAGGCCUCAGGUACCUAAGAAUGCUAGGAGGUUUGUUUGCUAGCCAAAAGCAAAGUACGUGACGGCACUAGAACCGGGCGCCAGUUUGACGGAGCUCUUUCCACCCUACCUUCCUAUAUUUUAUUCUAAAAGCGGGAAAACAACGGAGGAUUUGAUGUUUUGUGUGGCGCCCGUUGGAACUGGAUCCAACAUGAACGUGACGAAAGGCGGGCUGGUCCUGUUUUCGGCCAAUUCCAACCCGUCGUGCAUGGAACUCUCCAAGAGGAUCGCAGAGCGACUGGGGGUCGAGAUGGGCAAAGUCCAGGUCUACCAGGAGCCAAACAGAGAGACGCGGGUGCAGAUCCAAGAGUCUGUGAGAGGGAAAGACGUCUUUAUCAUCCAGACGGUUUCAAAGGAUGUGAACACGACCAUCAUGGAACUCCUGAUCAUGGUGUACGCCUGCAAGACCUCCUGUGCCAAAAGCAUCAUCGGGGUGGUCCCCUACUUCCCCUACAGCAAGCAGUGCAAGAUGCGCAAGAGGGGCUCCAUCGUCUCCAAGCUCCUGGCUUCCAUGAUGUGCAAGGCUGGUCUGACUCACUUGAUCACCAUGGAUCUGCACCAAAAGGAGAUCCAAGGGUUCUUCAACGUCCCCGUGGACAACCUGCGAGCCUCGCCAUUUUUGCUCCAGUACAUUCAAGAAGAGAUCCCAGACUACAGGAAUGCUGUGAUUGUGGCCAAAUCUCCUGCGUCGGCAAAGAGGGCCCAGUCCUUUGCCGAGCGCCUGCGGCUGGGGAUCGCCGUCAUCCACGGAGAAGCGCAGGACGCGGAGUCUGACCUGGUGGACGGCCGCCAUUCGCCCCCCACUGCCAAAAACGUGGCCGCCAUUCACCCCAGCUUAGAGAUACCCAUGCUGAUCCCAAAAGAGAAGCCUCCCAUCACGGUGGUCGGAGACGUCGGCGGGAGGAUAGCCAUCAUUGUGGACGAUAUUAUUGACGAUGUGGACAGCUUCCUCGCGGCGGCCGAGACGCUCAAAGAGAGGGGGGCUUACAAGAUUUUUGUCAUGGCCACCCACGGCCUUCUCUCCUCGGAUGCUCCCCGGUUGAUAGAGGAGUCCGCCAUCGACGAGGUGGUGGUCACCAACACGAUUCCCCACGAGAUCCAGAAGCUGCAGUGCCCCAAGAUCAAGACGGUGGACAUCAGUCUGAUCCUCUCGGAGGCCAUCCGCCGGAUCCACAACGGGGAGUCCAUGUCCUACCUGUUCAGAAACAUCGGGCUGGACGACUGACCAAAGGGGACGGACGGAAGGCGACUUUCAGGGGCCAAACUGGACACGGACAGAAACCGAGCUGUGAAGCAUUUUGUGGCUUAACUACACUUUGUACUUUUGAGCGGGACAUGUUUUGUCCCACCGCGUUCCUUUUCCUUCCCUCCCUCCUUCCCUGUUCCUUGCAUUUCAGAUUCAGCAGAUAAGGUUUUUCAAGACAUUUCCUAUGAGAAAAGCAGGCCUGAUCCGGGAAAAUGGCGGAAAUCCAAUUUUUUCUGUAUUUGCUGUUAGAGGAAUUGCGUGUUUUCUUUCUUCUAGGAUAUGGAUGGGGAACCCGUGGGGAGUUUUUGUGGCUCUGGGGCACUCCGACGGGCUUCAUUUUCCCCCAAAAUGCCCUUUAGGGACAGUGUAGACUCUUUUGAAGUGGCUUGACCAUUUUAGGCUUCCUUUCACUUCUGUUACUAAAACAAAUCCCACUUCCUUGGGUCAGAAAUGGCUCAAAUGGUUCCAAAUCCUAUAUAACAGGGACCUAAAUGGUCCAAAAACAAUCCUACAUAACAGUGACCUUAAGUGGUUCAAAAAUGCCUCCAAAAUCCUACAUAAAAUUGGCUGAAAUUGUUCCAAAAAUAUAUGGCCCUUCAAUAUUAAUUCUUUUUCUAAAACUGUUUUGCUAUGUAAGGAAUGCAUUUUCGUCCCCAUCCUUUAAGCCAUGGCAACCUGAGAGCAUUAUAGAAAUGCCCCUCAAUAUUUCAGAGGGUCUUUGGGGGCAUUCUGGGAGACGAGGACUUAAAAAAGGGGGAGAUUUUCCCAACCACUUAAUGGGAAAAGCAACCUCUCGAUUGCAUCCCUCCCUGCUUCUCCUCUUCCAUCCGAAACAGCUUCGCUUACAAGUGCUUUAAAGAGUUAGCAAUAUACGCUGUCGUUCGCCGUUCAGUGACAUUUCUCUCUCUUUUUGUUCUCGUUUUUGUAGAAGUGCUUUUAUAGGGGGGGAGAAGCGUACGGAGUAUGCACUGGUAUUUAUUUUCUGCCACCGGAAGAAUAAAUUUUUUUCUGUUUUC